AUGGCUCCCGUUCGUAACGAUGUCCCAGCGCAUGCGAUUGACCGCACUCCGGAAUAUGAAGAGUUCAUGACGCGACUCCGCGAUUAUCACACCAAGCGAGGCACGACGCUCGACCCGGAACCCAAGGUCGGCGCGACCCAUCUUGACUUGCUCAAGGUGUUCAAUCACAUCGUCGCCAACGGCGGUUACGACAAGGUUUCGGAGGAGAAGCUGGCCUGGCGUCGCAUGGCUGCUGAGCUGGGCAUUUACUCCAAUAACGAAGCCUCGACUGCUUUUUCGUUGAAAGAAAAGUUCUACAAGAACCUCGCCGCUUUUGAGAUUAGCACAGUGCACGGAAAGGAGCCGCCGCCAAAGGAUAUUCUGGAGGAUGUGACGGCCAAGGGCGCUGGGCUCCUCACCCGCACCCGAGAAAACUUCCGAGGCAAACGGGAGAGCAACAUUGGUGCCACAGACUCGGCGGCUUCGGGAGAUGAUGGUACACCGGCUCGCGAACGACCUGUCCCGGAUCCUGCAGCGAGCGCGCGCGCAUCGAGAGGCCUACGUGAAGCACCCCCCCAACGUGUUAUUUUCCAGCCGGAUACUGGCCCUUCUCGUACAACAAGGCACUCCUCUGCUCACCACGCGAGCCAUACCAACUCUCCAGCCGCAAACCCUCCUCAGACUCCUUCACAUCACCAGAACAUGCCUGUGCCACAGCAGCAACAAAACUACCCAGGGAAUCGAGGUCCCUCGGUACUUCACCACCCUCCUUCGUCUGAAAACUCGUCCAACCUGGUCACUGCAUACCAACCGCGGUUCUCCAAGCCACUGCAGCUCCGAGCUGUAGCGACGCCUAGCAGUGCGCCUAAUGAGUUCCAAAAGCCCCGGCAACCUCAGCGGAUUGACCCCCGUCAACCAAUGCAACCCGGCACUGGCUUUGACGGCCCAAACAUCUACAUGCGCUGUCUGAACGCGCUUCGAUCGAACAUUGCUGCCGAGCAAGCAUUCGCCCUCAACCAUCUGGUCAAGAUCUCCUUUGAACGGGGCGACAAGUACAAAUUCGACUCUUUUCCUGGUCUGGCAGAAGGAUUGGUUGAGAAGGCACUUGAGAUUGGGCAGCUCUUCUAUCACGUCAACUGGACUGUCUCGUGGGACUCUGUCGACCCCAACGAAGUUGGUGCGCUUGACGGGAAUUACGGGACUCCAGACAUCCUCGAGCGGAUCCAGAAUCUCAUCGAAAAAGAUCGACCCGACGUUCUCCAGACCGAAUCCUAUUCGGACCAGCUGGUCUUGAUCACCGAGGCUGUGCUGACAAUACGCAACAUGGUCACUCUGCCUGAAAAUGCGCACAACAUGUCCGACUUUUACCCUCUGAGAGAUCUCAUCUGCAUCAUGUUGCACCUACCACCCAAGGAUUCACUCGUCGAACUGAAGCAUCUUACUCUGGAUAUCGCAGAGCAGCUGACCCCUUUCAUGACUCUGGAGUCGGACGACCCUCUGUACAAGACUCUGCUCACACAAAUGACCUCGGACGACCGCGGCACAAUUCUCACGUCGCUUCGAGCACUCGGCCGCAUUUCGAUGAACCUCGAGGCUACAAACAAGUUGGGUGACAUUCCUGGACCGGUGCUUGAGCGAAUCGCCAGCUGGUUGCUACUUAACGACGACGAGCUCAUCGAUGCCUGCCUUGACUUUUUGUAUCAGUACACUGCGGUCGUGUCCAACGUGGACAACCUCAUGCGAUCUCUUACCCCGGAAAACCUGGUCGACCACCUUGCUCGUUUGCUCGCCCAUGGUGCGCGUAAAACGCAGCGCGAUUUCAUCCUCGUGCCAGAGCAGAGAAUUCCGGCCCGCGACCAGAUCGCUCCCAUGCCCGAGGACCUCCUCCAGGAGAUGCUCAAGCUUGAAGAGCCUGACCGUGUGCACCGAUGGGUUCGAUGUUUCUUUGAAGAGGACAACAACUCUUUCGUGACGCAGCUGGCUGCCUGGCAGGCGUACCAAAAUGCAUUUGUCGGCCCUCUCAAGACCAUCGGUCAGCCGCUCAUCACGCCUGCCGACUUUAUUAGGAAUAGCACGUCUGUGUAUAAGGAUUCGAACGCCCAAGUCCUUAGAGAGCCAGGCGAUCCUCAGCAAAAGUUCAUCAUCCACGGUAUUCGCGCGCGACCACGACCUCUGAGCACGGAUGGUAAAGAGUACGGCCGAUGUCUCUGGGCAUCGAAUCCCGGCAACAAGCUCGAAAAGUGCGGAAGCUUCUACCUCCAACCAGAGCAGAUGUGGAAUCACAUUCUUACCUCACACAUGGGAGAGACACGCAACGCUGAUGGACAGUUUGACAAUGUGGAAAAGGAGUUUACCUGCACAUGGGGCGAGUGCUCGCGAUAUGGGUCGCCAACAAAGAUGCACCUCCGUGAUUUCGCAAGCCACAUCAGCACACACAUUUCUGCGAUGCUGCCUGGCGAGUCUCGAAAACAGGAGCGAGCCUGGAUCAUACCAGCCAAGACAAUGGCUGUCACAUUUGAGGAGACCCUGACGGUCCGGGACGAGCGGAACCCAAACCUACCACCCCAAGCGGCGGGUAUUCCCCUCAGUGCUGCCCUCGUUCUGCGUAACAUGGCACGCAAUGUGGUCAAGACAGAGGCGGAGGAGGAGUUGCUCAAGAAACAGGAAAAGACCGGCGAAACUGGAGGCUGGAACGAGACCCUCUUCCGUCCCAUCUUGCCACGACUGUUCGAAAUUCUUGCUGAGAACAGGGCUCUGAGUCCCUACAUUGCAUCACUGCUUGAUCUGAUCCGCAUCGACAGCGACGGCCAAGGCCGUUGA